GGUCUUGUGAACAAGUUCCUUUCUGCAUCGUACUGGAUCCCACUGAGCCGUUUGACAUACAGUGCUUAUCUGCUUCACCCUAUCGUUAUGAAUGUAUAUUUUGGGUCAUUCCAACAUACUACGGAGUACACAGACAAGAUCUUCGUAAGUUCAUUUAACAUCUCCUCCCUUUGCCAGUACCUCCUUCUCAUGCUACUUCUUUAGUGGUUGGUGCAUCAGUGAACUACCUACCAUUUACCCUAGAGUCGGAGUCAGUCAGCCAUGCUGUCAGGUGGUCAGUCAGCCAGAACUACAGUGAGCCACUCCACCAGCCAGUCAAUCAGUCAGGCAGCCAGCCAGUCAGUCAGUAGGCCUGUCAGACAGUUAGUCAGUCGGUCAGUCAGCCAUUCAGUCAAUCAGUCAGCCAAUCGGUCAGUCAGACAGACAGUCAGCUAGUAAGCUAGACGGUCAGUCAGUCAGCCAGUUGGUCAGCUAGUCAGUCAGUUUAAAAGCCAUUCAGUCAAACAGUCAGUCAACUAGUCUGAGUCAACUAGUCAGUCGGGCAGUUGGUCAGUCAUUCAGUCAAACGUUCAUUCAGCCAGUCAGCCAGCCUUACCAGCAAGACAACCAGGGGUCUUAGGAUUGUAAUUUCACGUUUCCUUUUCGUGAACUGUUAACGAGAGUGAGAAAUGACCUUCUUGUUUAUUGCAGGCUUUGUACUUUGUGUCGAUAGUGGUGUUUGCGUACGCUUCAGCGUUUGUUCUGGCCGUGUGCGUUGAAUUUCCUACCAUGCAGUUGGAAAAGGUGCUGUUCUUCAGAAACAAGAACUCUGGCAUCUAA